UCCCUGGCUUUUCUUCAGCAGAUGGCAUGUCUCUUCAUUUCUUACUCAGCUGGAUCCUGACGCUGAUAAUUACAGAUCUCUCAGUAUCUGAAAAAAUAGUGAAAAAAGUGGGUGACGAUGCCACGUUACCCUGCUCAUACUUGGUGCAAAAUCCAAAUGACCUCACAUCCGUGUGCUGGGGCCGUGGAAGAUGCCACUUAAAUGGCUGUGGGGAUACAAUCGUCAAGACGGAUGGAAAGAAAGUGAUCUUCCAAAGCAACAGCAGAUACAAUUUAAAGGGGAAUCUCCUCAAAGGGAAUGUUUCUCUGACUAUAACUGGGGUGACAAAAGCAGAUAGCGGGAUGUAUUGCUGCCGGGUAGAGAUCGCUGGUUGGUUUAACGAUGAGAAAAAUAACCGGGAACUGGAGAUUUGGCAAGCCAAGCCUUCUCCUGUUCUAACCACAGCCAAGGGUACCACUUCAAUUCUUCCAGCUAAUGUCCCCACGGAGGAACACAAUUCAGUGACUUUCACAAGAAAUUACACUUCAAGCAGUCACCAGAAUCAAACUUCAACCAAAAUGACAAAGGAGCCUCAAGACAUGAACACAAGGGCAACAGCAGUGUAUAUUGGCAUCAGUACCUUAGUUGGUUUAUCUCUCUUCACGCUCCUUGCUGUAAUUAUUUUCAAAAGGAAUUUGAAAAAUGGAGGCAAGUUGCAGAAUUUAAGUGCCAUCUCAAAGUUCAGUCCCCAACGCCCAGGGACACAGUUGGCAAUGGAAGAAAGGCCCCACACGGAGGAAAACGUCUACAGCAUAGAGGAAAAUGCUUAUGAAAUAGAAGAUGGGUAGGGAUCCCCAGGGAGUUUUGAUGACCAAAGCAGCUAAUACAGAAAAUCACUCACCACAUCCAUAUGUGUUUCAUUUUCAAGACAUCUAAUGGUUUCAGAUCUUGUUUCCCCUUUCAGGGAAUCAACACGACAUGCUGAGAGACCCUUAUGCAUAAUGAGCUAUGAACUCUGAAUAUUGCAUUGUUAACAUUAUAGCAGUACCAACCUUUUAUAUGACUAGGAGCCCAGGAGCUCCCACAGAACUCUGUUAUAUUGUACUCUCCUAAGCACUUACUAUAGUGCUCUACACAUAGUAAGUGCUCAGUCAAUACCAUUGAUUUACUGAUUGGUAACACUUGUGUUAAAUGGUGGGAUAAGAUUUACAAUGAGGUCUUCAAAUACAGUUCAGCAUUAAACCUGUGCUUAUCAUAACCCAAAUGCUUUAGCAGACAUUUGAGAAUGGGAUUGGGAAUCAGCAGAUCUGUAAUCUAGUCUAGGCUGAGGUACUUUUCUGCUGAGUGUCCUAGACCAGGUAACAACUUCUCUGUACCUCAACUUCCUCCAUCAUAAAAUGGGGAUAAAAUACCUAUUCCCCCCCCUGGUU